AUGUCAAACUUAUACGCACCACUGACUUUCGAUAGUGUGAGCAAGUGGAAUUGUGGAACUGUGUCAAAUCUAUCGCAAAUCUCAUUGUUGAAAAUUCUAGGGGAAGGUGCAGAUGAGCUUUUCGGAUCCUAUGCAUAUAUGCAACGAGCACCGAAUGCAUUCCAUCUGCAUAAAGAAAUCCUUCGUCGAUUAACACACCUUCAUCAAUACGAUGUACUGAGGUGCGACAGAUCAACAUCGUGUCACGGCUUGGAAAUUCGUGUGCCAUUCCUGGACAAGAGGUUCAUCGAUCUCGUCGCGCGACUUCCUCCAACCUAUAAACUGAUCCCGAUGAAGCUGGAGAAGUUCAUUCUACGAAGUGCUUUCGAAGGAUGGCUGCCAGAUGAGGUGCUUUGGAGGAGUAAAGAAGGUUUUGCAGAAGCCCUUGGUAAAACCGACCUUGGCGACAUCGUCCAUCAGUAUGCCAGUUCGUUAAUCUCCGAGAAAAAGUUCUCGGAACGAGCUGAUCGCUUCCCGGACAGGACACCCGAGACUCCCGAGGAGUACUGGUAUAGGGAGAUAUUUGAGGACACAUUCCACUAUGGAAAAGUCGGACCAUUGGUUCACACCAAAGUGUACAGAACAGCAGCUUGGCAUCUGGUCGAGGAAAAAGAAAAUCUGAAAGAGUCACUAGAAGUGAAGCAAGAAGUUCAGUCAAUGAUGCGCUUGCGACGUCGAUCAACAGGCAGCACAACCCUGUCUGGAGUCGCGUGA